AUGGACGGGUUCGGUUCGGACUUCUCUGCGGGAGGAUCAGGGGGUAAACUGGAUACUGGGACGAUUAUGGAGCAGGUUAAAGUCCAGAUAGCUGUGGCUAACGCACAGGAGCUUCUACAGGUAAGUCAAUGGACUCAGGCUAGCUGCUAGGCUAGCACAACUCACCUAGCAUAAAGUGUGAAGUUAUAGGUGAACCGUAAAAGCUCCUGGACUCCUAGUCAAUGUUAAAGAUGUUUACAUAUGUAUAUUUCACCACCGUUACAUUGUGUCGUCUAUAGACACAGCUACACAGGCUUGUCAUUGAAAUCCCGCACACCCACAUCCACUGACACUGACUACUACAUGUAGAUUUAUACUUUAUACUUUAUAUUUAUAACUUUACCCUGAGUGUUGCCCUUUAAAAUAUCAAACUAAUUCUCAAACUUAAUGAUGUCUUUUGCUAUAUUUCACCAUUUAGUGACAAACUAUAAAAACAUUGUCCUUGUGUUUCAGAGAAUGACGGAUAAAUGCUUCAAGAAGUGCAUAGGUAAACCAGGGAGCACGCUAGACAACUCUGAGCAGGUAUGUAUAUACCCUAAUCAUGAUCUGUACAUAGAAAUAGCAGAUCAAUUGCUGUGUUAAGAGUCCAUUCAUUUAAAAAAGUCAGUUUUUAACAGUAUUACUUGCAUUCAAACACUAGUUCUCUAGUGUUGGACACCAGUGAGGAAUUUUGUGUCUCCUUCAGUCAUUUGAUAGUAAAGGCCUAGGGGUUGUAAGAGUUGAACUGAUGGCAAAUAAAAUCAAAAAUGUUAUUUUCAGAGAGUAAACAUUAUUUUAUGCUGCAUAUUUCUAUAUUAGACAACUUAUGAUGAAAAUGAUUGUGGACUAAUUUACAAAUUCAUGAUGUGUCCCUCCUACAGUUGUCAUUUUUCUCACACUCUUUCUCACAGAAAUGUCUCGCCAUGUGUAUGGACCGGUACAUGGACUCCUGGAACAUCGUAUCCAGAACAUAUAACUCUAGAUUACAGAGAGAAAGGGCUCGCAUGUGA